GAGACCCAUUUCUUUUCACCAGUGGCCCGGAAAAGGAUCCCACUGGCCAGGAAGUUUUUUCUGAGAUUUCCCCGAGCCUCGGCAAUGGCUGCAGAGUGACUUCUUGGGUCACUCCUAUUUCCCCGCCCCACCGAAGCAGCUGACGCGGGCCAGCACCCGCGGUCCGAGCCGGGGAAAUGGGCCCGCGAGCCCGACCCGCGCUCUUCUUCCUGAUCCUCCUGCGGACCGUGGCCGCGCAGGGGCGACCACCGCGGUCACACUCUCUGCGCUACCUCUUCAUGGGUGCCUCAGAGCGGGACCACGGCCUGCCCCUGUUUGAAGCCUUGGGCUAUGUGGAUGACGAGCUUUUCGUGGCCUACAAUCACGAGAGUCGCCGUGCAGAGUCCCGUGCCCAGUGGGUCUUGGGUGAGGCCCACAGCCAGCUGUGGCUGCAACUGACUCAGAGCCUGAAAGGGUGGGAUCACAUGUUCAUCGUCGACUUCUGGACCAUCAUGGACAACCACAACCACAGCAAGGUAAUGAAGCUGGGGAUGUUGCCAGAGUCCCACACCCUGCAGGUGAUCCUGGGCUGUGAGGUGCAAGAGGACAACAGUACCAGGGGUUUCUGGAAGUACGGGUACGAUGGGCAGGACCAUCUUGAAUUCUGCCCUGAGACACUGGAUUGGAGAGCAGCAGAGUCCAGGGCCCUGACCACCAAGCUGGAGUGGGAAGUGAACAAGAUUCGGGCCAAGCAGAACAGAGCCUAUCUCGAGAGGGACUGCCCUGAGCAGCUUCAGUGGUUGCUGGAGCUGGGGAGAGGGGUUCUGGACCAGCAAGGGUAUCAUCUUCCUCCAACCCAUAGAGGAAGGGAAGUGAAAGUUCUGGUCUUCCUGGCAAGGGUAGAAAGAUCCUCUUUCCAGAUCCUUCCUCCUUCCUGUCCAGUGCCUCCUUUGGUGAAGGUGACUCAUCAUGUGGCCUCUGCAGUGACCACUCUACGGUGUCAGGCUCUGAACUUCUACCCCCAGAACAUCACCAUGAGGUGGUUGAAGGACAGGAAGCCAGUGGAUGUCAAGGACGCCGAGUCUAAGGAUGUGCUGCCCAGCGGGGACGGGACCUACCAGAGCUGGGAGGCUUUGGCCGUGCCCCCUGGGGAAGAGCAGAGAUAUACCUGCCAGGUGGAGCACCCAGGCCUGGAUCAGCCCCUCACUGCCACCUGGGAGCCCUCACUUUCUAACACCCUCGUCACUGGAGUCAUCAGUGGGAUUGCUGUUUGUGUCAUCAUCUUCUUCAUUGGAAUUUUGUUCAGAAUCUUAAGGAAAAGACAAGCUUCAAGAGGAGCCAUGGGGGACUACGUCUUAGCUGAAUGUGAGUGACGCACAGCCUGCAGAGUCCUUGUGGGGAGGACACAUAAUUGGAGACUCAGAGAGGGUGCACUUGCGGCAUUCUUUGUGUUUCAGGACAGAGUUGAACCUAACAAAUGGGAACUGUCCCAGGAGGUCUCUGCUCUUAGCCUUCCCUGUUCACUCUCAAAAAGUUCCCUCCAUUUAAGUUUUUGCCUUUCCUACGUUAAGUUAUGCUAAGGACCCCCAGCUGUGACCUCUCCUCCAGAACUGGCUCUCAUGGAUCUCAAGCUGCAUCUAGAGCCUGCUUUAAUUUCCUGCAUCAUCUCAGACUCCAUACACCGACAUCAUCUCAUCUCCUAUCUCUGGAAUAGGGCUCCUUAAAUUUGGGGACUUUUUUUACAUCUGAGAAAAGCUAUGAACCUUCUCCUUGGGACAUACACUCUGAUACCCCUACCAGAAUUGUGCACACACAUCCAGGCAUUUCCUAGACUCACUCAAGUUUCCUUUUAAUCCUCUCUCUCUCUAUUAUCCAAUAACUCAUCUGUCACCAAGCCCUGUGGUUUCUUCCAUCAGAGGGUGAUCUGGGCGUUGUAUAGCUGUGAAGGCUGUGCACUACACAGCUAAGGAUGCACCUUUCUCAGAAAAGGGAUCAUGGGUGUUUGUGUGUUUUAUAAUAGUUUUCCAGAAAGCGAGUGGGAAUUGUCCUGAGGAGGGUGUCUUUUUCUAAUUUGCACAAAGGUGUCACAUAAGUUUCCUUAGAUUAAUGAGCCUGCAUUUACAAUGUCUCUCUGGUAUGCCAGACUGGAAUUAGCACAGUAAUUUUCUACUUGGUCUCUGCUGACCCUUUCUCCUUGUUCUGAUAAUGAAAACGAUAAUAUGGAUGAUGAUCAUAAUAAUAAGGUAGCCGACACUUAUUUAAAAAAAGCACUUACUUGGUGCCAGAUUUAGUUCUAAGCACCUAAUUCUCACAAUACUUCUUUGAUGUAAGUACAGAUCUUGCUUGACUUAUGAUGGGUUUACAACCCAAUAAACCCAUCAUUAAGUUGAAAAUAUCCUAAGUCAAAAAUGCAUUUAAUACACCUAACCUCCUCAACAUUGUAGCUUAGCCUAGCUUACCUUAAACAUGCUCACAAUACUUACAUUAGUUUAUAGUUGGGCAUAACUAUCUAACACGAAGGCUAUUCUAUAAUAAAGUGUUGAAUAGCUCAUGUAAUGUAUUGAAUACUGUACUGAAAGCGAAAAACAGAAUGGGUGCAGAAUGGUUGUAAGUGUAUGGGUUGUUCACCCUCGUGAUCGCGGGGCUGACUGGGAGCUGCGGCUCACAGCAUCGGGAGAGAGGAUCGUACCACACAUCGCUAGCCUGGGAAAGGAUGAAGUACGGUUUCUACAGAAUGCAUAUUGCUUUUGCACCAUCGUAAAAUCAAAAAAUCAUAAUUUGAACCAUCACAAGUCAGUGACCUUCUGUACUAUUAUCCUCGUUUUUGUUUUUUAGAUGAAGAAAGUGAAGUAUAGACUAUCUCUCAGCUUGCCAGGGAUAGAGACAGGUUUCAAACUUAGUCAGUGUGACUCUUUGAUCCGUGUCACACACCACCGCAUUCAGAGGGUUUAGAUGCGUGGAGUAAACGGAGAAGGAAGGAGAUGGCUAUGGAGAAGUCUCUUCUUUUGUCUUUAUUCUCAGUGAGUUUGACCCAAAUGAAGGGAAAACAGCAGAAAACAAUCUCAGCCAUGUUUCCAUUCAAAGUUCCUGUGGGAAGAACCUCAGAAUGUGCCUCCCUUACUCCUCUGUUGCCACCACCAGCCUGCUCUCUCUGGCAUCUCUCUUAGGCCUCAGGCCAGGACUGUGAUUGGUGGUGUCAGUUAGUGGCUGUGUUGGACCUCACAGCGUCCUCCCUCCACCAGUGCCUCUGCAGUCAGAACCCUGGUGGCAUUUGCCUCGAUGAAUUGGAGCAAGCUUUCUCAUAUUAAAGAUGGAAAAACGGAAGCCACCAAGUGGCCUGGAGGGUACCCCAGGCAUGUUCCUGGGUUCCCUGGUAGUCUGGCUUUCAUCCCCAGCUGUGCAAAUUUAAAAAAAUUAAUCUAACUAGGUCAUUCAGGAAUUAGUGGAUUUGGGGAAAGUAAUUCAUCUGAUCACAUUCAAAAGAAUACUAAUCUACAUACCCAGAUGGCACGUGUUGACUUUAUGCUGCUCCAUACAUCUGGCUGCGUAACUGGUACAAGACAUUGUGUUUUGGAGGGCAGAUGCCUCAAGAGACCAAAUACAAUUCGAAAGUUUGUUUGGUACAUCUUGAAUUUGGGCAAAGAGAUCAACUAUUUUUUUAAACUUUUCUUUUUUUCUGGUUACAAAAGUUAAGUGGAUAAAAAUACAUGUAAUUUGUGCUUACUGUAGAAAAGUUGAAAAUGAAUUCAAUUGAAAUUUAUUCCAUUAACCAGUGAUAAACUCUAUUAACAAUUUGUGUGUUUCCUCUCAGUAUUAUUUCUAUAUUAAAAUAUAGAAAAUUAACAAAUACAUAUAUUUUAAUAAAUGCA